CCCGGGUAUAUAAAGCACAUCAGACUUAUCGGUGCGUGCGUCCUUACUUUCAUUUGGAGAUAUUUCAUUAACGGUGCGGUGUCUUAACGCAAGCUGCACCACUUACCCUCUUCCGUCAGCCGCCAGAGGAUUGCCAAACUGGUGCAGCAACUUGACUGCAUCAAAUGCCCCAGAACAUGUCGUUGACCAACACAAAGACGGGCUUUUCAGUAAAGGACAUUUUGGACCUCCCUGAUACUAACGAUGAAGAAGGAUCGAUCACCGGGACUGAGGAAGACACGGAGGGUUCUGAGGCGACUAAAACGCCUGGAGUGCUAGUGCAAAGUCCUUUAGAGAAUGUUCCGAAUCUGCCUUUAAAGAAUCCGUUUUACGAUAAUAGUGACAAUCCUUACACCAGAUGGCUCGCAACUACGGACAGCAUCCAAUACUCAUUACACGGCCUAUCCGCAAACUCUCAAGACCCGUCUGCAAAAUCCCCGGAACCUUCAGCCGACGAGUCGCCGGACAACGACAAGGAAACUUCGAGCAACGGCAGCGACUCCGGUAAGAAGCGCAAAAGGAGGGUGCUCUUUUCCAAGGCACAAACUUACGAACUCGAGCGCCGGUUUAGACAACAGAGGUAUCUGUCAGCCCCGGAGAGGGAGCAUCUCGCCAGUUUGAUCCGCCUGACUCCAACCCAAGUGAAAAUCUGGUUCCAGAACCAUCGAUACAAAAUGAAGAGAGCUCGGGCGGAGAAAGGAAUGGAAGUGACCCAUCUCCCUUCUCCUAGGCGGGUGGCCGUGCCUGUGUUAGUCAGAGAUGGCAAGCCCUGUCAUACGCUAAAAGCUCAGGACUUGGCAGCUACUUUUCAGGCUGGAAUUCCGUUCUCCGCGUAUAGCGCCCAGUCUCUCCAGCACAUGCAAUAUAACGCGCACUACAGCGCCGCCACCACGCCACAGUUCCCAACAGCACAUCACUUGGUGCAAACGCAACAGUGGACUUGGUGAACAAAUCCUGACUUGCGAAUGCAGGGCUGCAUUUUAAAGACCGUGGUAGGGAGCUUUCCAAACAAAAUACAAGACUUUUUAUUUUUGCAGCUUGACCCUUUCCUCACCAAUUUAUUUUGGGGAUUGACGUGUGCGCCAUGUUUACAUGUUUUCGUUAAGAAAACCGGGUCAAGCCUCUCCCCAAAUUUAAGAAUGUUAAAGCUCUUGUGAAAUUUUGUAAAGUAUGUUUGUGUGUUGUAGAAAUGUUUUCCUUUUGUCCUUCGUGUUCUAAGCACGUGCAAAACCACUUUAUGAUUAUAGAAAAUUUUAUUUCUUUCUUUUACAAUGGACCGAAUAUAUUUAUGGCCAUGAAUAAACAUUGGCAAUCUUUAGCUUAUUACACUGGUUUGUUUUCUAUGUAACUAUUUUGUGAUAACUGUUUGCAAUAUUAUGUUUGACCGUUCAGUAAGCUAUAGCCUAAAUGUCUCCGAUAUUUAGGGAAAAUGGAACAUCAGUUGUCGAUAAAUAUCCCUCAUGUUUAUUUCAGUAACACCGCGCGCUGGCGAGGGAGGUCUACAAUUCUUUUUAUUAAGACUUUUAAUAAAAUGAUGUGUUUCAGAAA